GCUAUGGCUAUCCAACACUGGAACUCUUCAAUGUUUAUUUUUUAUUUUACCUUUAUUUAACUAGGCAAGUCAGUUAAGAACAAAUUCUUAUUUUCAAUGACGGCCUAGGAACAGUGGGUUAACUGCCUGUUCAGGGGCAGAACGACAGAUUUGUACCUUGUCAGCUCGGGGAUAUGAACUUGCAACCUUUCGGUUACUAGUCCAACGCUCUAACCACUAGGCUACCCUAGGUAAUCUUUUGGUUUUAUUAAUUUAUUGCCACAGGGGGCCCACCGGCGUAACUGCAACUGCUUGCUAACUGUACUGCAUGAUUGUAGCGGGUUUACUAACGCGUUAGUUAGUUCUAGUAGCUAUGUUGACUAUGACGUUUGCUAAUAUGGGGACAACGAUGUAGGCUGUGUGUCGUGCUUAUGAAGGUUUGGCUUGGAAAUUAUUAUUUUUUUGCCUGGUCACAGACAGCUGAUGUCUUGUGCACUGAAGUCCACAGGCGAAGGGAAAAGGUGUUAUGAGAGCGCGUAGAUGUGAUCAUGCUGUUUGCAUGUGGCUGCUAUGAAAGUUAACUUUGUUAGUAUGUGAUCGGGGAUAUUCAUUCUGACGAUUCUGUUGUUGAAAUGUUUCUUAAACGGGGAUAAGCAUACCUGAAUUCGUCCAAUAAACUUUUGUUUGCAACUGUUGGGACUAAUGAUUACACCCUAGAUCAGCUAGAUGCAGGCAAGAGUGUGCAAGGCGGAAUCGAAUGUGUCACUGUCUGUCACCUUGAUUACUUAAAUUUCUCUCGACCUGUGAACCUACGUUAUAAACUUUCGUUCAUAGGCUAGGUUGUAGCAACCUCAUGAUGGGUAUAGGGAACAUUUUACAAUCAUGUAGUAGCCUAAACCUAUCGAUGUUACAUUGAGCUGAGGGAAUGGAAUAUGAAUGACAGUCAUUCAAUGUGCUGUAAUAGAAAUAAGGCCAUGCUUGUUAAAAAAAAAAAAGUGUUCUCCCUCAAAUAACCAAAUUCAACCUAGCUAAUUUCCGAUUUAUAUGACAUUUUUUGACUACAGAAGUAGCAAAACUGUACUUCAAAUCUAUUCUACUCCCCCACUUAACAUACUGAUUUGACUAGUUGGGUCCAAGCUUGCUGUACAACAUUAAAACCCAUUCAGUCUGUCUGCAAACAGGCUCUCAAAGUCUUGAUAGGAAGCCCAAUAGCCAUCAUCACUGUUACAUCCUCAGAAAGCAGGAGCUCCUGAGUUGGAAAAAUCUUGUGCAAUACACCGACGCAUGUCUUGUAUUCAAGAUCCUAAAUGGCCUGGCUCCCCCUCCACUCAGUACUUUUGUUAAACAGAGAACCCAAACAUGGCAGCAGAUCCACAAGUUCUGCCAUGAGAGGUGACCUAUAGUUCCCUUAAGGAAAAGCACCUUUAGUCAAUCUGCUUUCUGUGAGAGCUUCUCAUGUUUGGAAUACCCUGCCAUCAGACACACAACUGCACCACCUAUAACACAUUCACAAACAACAUGAAGACAUGGCUAAAGGACAAUCAGACUUUUGAACAUAAUCGCUAGUUGUGUAUUGCUACUUUCCAUGUUGUCUGUAGCUUGUUAGGUGUGGAAACACUUUGUUGCUUUUAUGGAUUUUGUCUUGUUGCUUUUUGUGCUACAUUGCUCAGUGUGCAUGCAACGUCUUGCCUGUCCUAUGUUUCUCUGCUUGUGCACACUGCUCAUUAAUUGUUUAUUGUUUUUAAUAACCUACCCAGGGACUGCGGUUGAAAAUUUGCCGGCUGGCUAAAACCGUCACUUUUACCGAAAUGUUGAUUAAUGUGCGCACUCUGUAAAAAUAAACUCAAACUCAUCUUAAACUGCACCGACUGCCACUGCUCCAAAUUGUCCCGUUAGCCCAUCUGAAUAGAAUAGACCCCCUUUUUACUGUGACACAAUUUACAGAAAAUGGCGUCCCCAAUAUGAAAAAACUAUUGGACUUAAGCUGAUUGGCCCCUCUUUAAGGGCUGCAGAUGAGCAAUGAUGCUACUUGGGGUGUAAACUCUGUGUAUUUGGAAAUCAAUCAAAUUGUAUUGUGCCAAAUACAAAAGGUGUAGACUUUACAGUGAAAUGCUUAUUUACAAGCUCAUUCCUAACAGUGCACAGUUAAAAAGUAGGACAAAUAUUUUCUAAAUAAAAAGGAAAUAGUAACACAAUAAAAACCAUAACGAGUACCGGUACCGAGUCAAUGUGCAGGAGCACGAGGUAUUUGAGGUAUGUACAUGUGGGUAGGGGUAAAAGUGACAAGGCAAUCAGGAUAAUAAAGAGGGUAGCAGCAGCGUAUGUAAAAUGUGUGUGUGUGUGGUGUCAAUAUGCAUGCGUGUGUGUUGGAGUGACAGUGUAGUGUAUGUGAGGGUAGAAUCUAGUGGGUGUGAAGAGCCAGUGCAAGGAAGUCAGUCCAAAACAAUUAAGAUACAUAAAUAAUAAAGGGGGUUCAGUGUAAAUUGUUCGGGUAGCCAUUUGAUUAACUGUUCAGCAGUCUUAUGGCUUGGGGGUAGAAGCUGUUCAGGUGCCUUUUGGUCACAGAUUUGGUGCUCCGGCACCGCUUGCCGUGCAGUAGCAGAGAGAAAACUCUAUAACUUGGGUGGCUGGAGUCGGACAAUUUUCAGGGCCUUCCUCUGACACCGCCUGGUAUAGAGGCCAUGGAUGGCAGGGCGUUUGGCCCCAGUGAUGUACGGGGCCGUACGCACUACCCUCUGUAGCACCUUGCGUAUGGAUGCCGAGCAGUUGCCAUGCCAGGCGGUGAUGGAGCCUGUCACGAUGCUCUCAAUGGUGCAGCUGUAUAACAUUUAAAUUAUCUGAGGGUCAAUGCCAAAUCUUUUCAGCCUGCUGAGGGGAAGAGGCAUUAUUGUUCCUUCUUCACGACUGUGUUGGUGUGUAUGGACCAUGAUAGGUCCUGAGUGAUGUGGACGUCAAGGAACUUGAUGCUCUCGACCCCCCCCCCCGUCAAUGUGAAUGGGGUGUGUUCAGCCCUCCAUUUCCUGUAGUCCUCAAGUCCUUUGUCUUGCCCACGUUGAGGUUGUUGUCCUGGCACCACAAUGCCAAGUCUCUGACCUCCCCCUAUAGGCUGUCUCAUCGUUGUUGGUGAUCAGACCUACCACCGUCGUGUCGCAAACUCAUGGGUUAACAGGGAGGGCAGGAGGGAAUUGAGCAUGCACCCAAGUGACAUGCACCCAAGUGGCAUGCACCCAGUGCAUUACUGAUAUUUCUUGUUUUGAGUUUUUGCUUGUAAGCAAGAAUCAGUAGGAUAGAGUUAUGGUCUGAUUUGCCAAAUGGAGAGCUUUGUAUGGAGUCUGUGUGUGUAGUAAAGGUGAUCUAGAGGUUUUUAUCCCUCUAGUUGCACAGGUGACAUGCUGGUAGAAAUGAGGUAAAACGGAUUUCAAUUUUCCUGAAUUAAAAUUACCGGCCACUAGGAGAACCACCCCUGGAUGAGCAUUUUCUUGUUUGCUUAUGGCCCUAUACAGCUUGUUGAGUGUGGUCUUAGUGCCAGCAUUGGUUUGCAAUAGUAAAUACACAAUGAAAAAUAUAGCCCUAACCCUGAACAUCAUGCAAUACCAAUGGGCUAAUUAAAGUGUUUUCUAAAUUUGAUGAUCAUAUUAUUAUUAUUAAUAUUGUUAUUACUAUUAAUAGAAGUAUUAUAAAAAAUAACAUUUACUGUUACCAUAACUAUCUAGUAAUCAUUACUUUUAAUGCUGUUAAAUGUCAAUGCAAUAUUAUUAUUUGCGAUAUAAAGGCGAUUAACUUCAUUCCUUUUUUCAUAUUGUUAAACAAAAUUCUAAGUCCGCUUACAUUUCCUCAUAAAAUGUUACGAAUUUCGACCAUUUGUAUAAUUCUUUACCACCUUCAUUGUGGGACUUUUAUUUUGAAGGCAAAUCUCUAAAUCCCUUAUCACAGCGUUUCAUAAUAUACUAUUAUUGGCCUUAUUCUGUUUUUGUUGUAUUUUUUUACUGAAGCGUACUAAGACAAAAGAAACAUGACACAGUGUGUACAUAACACAUUAGUGCAGGACAUUUAGAAAUGGAUUAAAAUGCUGGAAUUAAACAAUGCAACAAAAUGUGUUCAUUAAGGAAAUAGACGCCUGGCUCAAAUAGAAGUCGGUCUUUAAUUAGCGCCUGUUGUGUUCAGUGAUUUAAGCAAAUAAAUGCCUGCGCUAUUAAAGAAAAGUUUUACGGUAUUUUAAUUUGGUGGGCAAUGAUUUCUGCUGAUCGUCACAGGUUGGCAGCCUCUAACUUGCCUCUGAAAUGAUGCUAUUUUCUACACAGUUCACUACUUCUGACCUGAUUCCUAUCAAAAGUAGUGCACUAUAUAUAAAAUAGGGUGCCAUUUGGGAAGCAGCUUGGAAAUCCUGAAGAGAAGUGGUUGUCCAGGCAGGGUAAACUGAUUUGGACCGGACCACCUGACCCCAUCAUCCCAGCCAUGGAGCGUGUAAUGGGCGGAGUGGUGCCGCUGGUCCUGGGUGGGCUGGGGCUGGUGCUGCUCUACCGGCUGCUCCAGAGGCUCCAACAGGGGGCUACCAUCCAGGACACUGUAGUGGUCAUCACUGGAGCCAGCUCUGGCCUGGGGAGAGAGUGUGCUCGGGUGUUCCAUGCUGCCAAAGCAAGGCUGGUUCUGUGUGGCCGGGACGGAGCCAGGCUACAGGACGUAGUUCAGGAGCUCAUAGCCACCGCAGCAGACAGCCAGCAGCAGACGUACACCCCCUGUAUGGUGAUCUUUGACCUGUCCGACACAGCGGACGUGGUUGCCAUGGCCGCAAAGGAGAUCCUGAGUUGCUACGGCCACGUGGACGUCCUCAUCAACAACGCCGGCAUCAGUCACCGCGGCAACAUCCUGGAGACGCACAUCUCCGUACAGAGGGACGUCAUGGACACCAACUACUUUGGGCCCAUAGCUCUAACUCAAGCCCUCCUGCCCUCCAUGGUUCACCGGCACAGUGGACACGUAGUGGUCAUCAGCAGUGUCCAGGGGAAGAUUGCUAUCCCUUACAGAUCAGCUUAUGCUGCCUCCAAACACGCCACCCAGGCCUACUUUGACUGUCUGAGGGCUGAGAUGGAGCGCUACAAUAUCCAGGUGACAGUGGUCAGCCCUGGCUACAUCAGAACCAACCUGUCUCUUAACGCUGUCACGUGUGAUGGCUCCAAAUAUGGAGUCCUGGAUGAGACAACAGCUUUAGGGCGGGAACCGAAAGAUGUGGCCCAAGUGGUCCUGAAGGCUGUCCAUCACAGGAGUAAAGAGGUCCUUUUGGCUGGGCCCCUGCCCACUCUGGCCAUCUACAUUCGCACCCUGUGGCCCGCCCUCUUCUUCAAAGUCAUGGCCUCUCGGGCCCGCAAGGAGCAGAAAUCCAAAGAUGAGUGAGAAGUUGGAGAGGAUGUGGCAAAACUAUGGGAAUGGAUAAAUUGAUUAAUGCACACUAACUUGCAAAUGGAAAAGUUGUUUUGUUUUAAAGCCACAGUGUGACGUGUAGUGUUUCAAUUAGAUGAAAUAACUGAAAAUCUUACAAACUGCUUCAACUUCAAGGUUAACAUCUUGCGACGUGUUCAUGGUAGAUCACAUUAACAAUUAUGAUAUUGCCGUGUAAUAACAUUUCAUAGCGACCUGAACAUUGAGUACAUUUCAUUUGUUGAAAUGAUUAGCUUUGGAGUUUGUUCAUGAUCAUUUGUGAAUUAAACAAAUAUACAGAUGAUCAA